GUCUGCCGCACAGGCUCAGAGCCCAUAUACGAGGAGGGGGUGACUACAUUGUGUUUAUUGUAUGUGUUUUUUUUUGUUUUGGUUUGGUUUCAAUUUUUUUUGUUGUUGUGUUUGGGUUUUUUUUCCCCGGCAUUUUGCACGUUUCACGGGAGGUGUAAAUCGGGAGUAAAAAGCAUGGCAGAUGAACAAGAAAUAAUGUGCAAACUCGAGAGCAUCAAGGAGAUCAGGAAUAAGACUUUGCAGAUGGAAAAAAUAAAGGCACGACUGAAAGCAGAAUUUGAAGCCCUGGAGUCUGAGGAGAGGCACCUGAAAGAAUAUAAACAGGAAAUGGACCUGCUGCUGCAAGAGAAGAUGGCCCACGUGGAGGAGCUGCGACUGAUCCACGCUGACAUUAAUGUGAUGGAGAACACUAUCAAGCAGUCUGAGAACGAUCUUAACAAGCUCUUGGAAUCUACUCGCCGGCUCCAUGAGGAGUACAAGCCCCUAAAGGAGCAUGUAGAUGCCCUGAGAAUGACUCUGGGGUUGCAGAGGCUGCCAGACCUAUGUGAAGAGGAAGAGAAACUGUCCCUUGACUACUUUGAAAAACAAAAAGCAGAAUGGCAGACAGAACCACAGGAGCCUCCCAUCCCAGAGUCUUUGGCUGCAGCUGCAGCAGCUGCCCAACAGCUGCAAGUGGCCAGGAAGCAAGAUACCAGACAGACAGCAACUUUCAGACAGCAGCCACCUCCAAUGAAGGCAUGUUUGUCAUGUCACCAACAAAUCCAUCGGAAUGCACCCAUAUGUCCACUCUGCAAAGCAAAGAGCAGAUCUCGGAAUCCCAAAAAGCCGAAGAGGAAACAGGAUGAAUGAAAUCCAGAAGGUUGACAAGCUAUGUGACCUGUCCCAGUACUCUUCCAGUAGAACAGCAAAUUUGCCCAGACUUUAUUGAAUUGCAGUCUCAAGUGUGACCAUCUCAUUGUUUUCUAUUUAAAUGCAAUGUAAGCACAAUGUUCCUGCUCUAAGUUCCUUCCAGUCUUUAGGAUUUGGUUUUAGGAAAGUAAAUAUUACUGGUGCUACAGUUUAACAUUUCAAUUGUUCCAUCUUUUGUACUCCUAAACAAACUGGAAUUCUUUGUGCAAGUAUCCUAAACGUCAGGCUAUUUCUAUUGACAUGUGAUUACCUAUCGACGAUUGAGAGAGAGAUGGGAAGACUGACUGGUAGUCAGAAUUUGUUCUUUACUGUGAGCUACAAAUGUUUAUAUAUCAUUCUAGGAAGGGUAGUAAUUUUUACUACAAUUAUUAGGUUAAACAUCACACAAACAAACAUACAUUUUACAUCUUUUGCUUGCAGAGAUUGAUUCAAUCUUCUUUUCCUGUUGCCAGUCUUGAUCCAAUCUUCCUGUAAUCUUCAAAGCUCUGUUCUUGCCAAGGCAUCUUGGUUAUCAAACUGGCUAUGCUAAUUAAAUCCACAUCCUAUGUCCACAAUUACCACAAAUGCUUUUAUGUUCUCUUUUUUAAAAAAGCUGUUACUAAAAGAUUAAUCUGUUUUCUCCUGAUAACAGGAGACUAUUUGAAGUGCUGAAAGAGCAGACUGUCUGUUUCACUGAAGAACAAUUUGUUUUUCCAAUCUCGUAAGACUGGGUAGAUUUGGGUAUCCAGUGGAACUCUUUUUAAACAGGAAACGUUCAGGGAAAAUGAGAUUUGUUAUACAGAAAAUCAAUGCAUUAAGGACACAUAUGAGUUUUGAUUCCUGAAGCUGAUUGUACCAUUCCCUCAAACUUGACUUAAAACUUGGAAAGGUGCUGGCUGUGUAUGAAUUUCUAAAAGUGAUGUAAUUUGCCAUGCUUUAACAUCUUAACAGGUUAUUAUUUUUGGCAGUCAAAAGACUGAUUGACUUAAGAACAAGGAUGAAAUGAGCCGUAUUAGUGGUCCUCCUAGGCUCUAUGGCUGACCAGCACACUGUGGCUCUCUAGGAAACAUGCAUGAUAUAUCCCAGAUCUCUAUGUGCACAGACUGCACAUCAGCCAUUCUGCAUGUCUUCUGUUCCUGGUUUCUACAGCCAAAAUCUGGCAGACAUAUCCUCCACUGGAGCAUAGGAAAGUUCAGGAACAUGCAUGAGGAACAGUGUCAACUAAAAAUUAUAUAUUUCACCAGAACCAACGAGCUUUGGUGUCAUUGUCCUCCUGUUGGAAUUCUGGAAACUGAGAAUUUCAGGCUUUCUGUGCUAAAAGACACUGACCCUCAAGCAAGCACUACAUUUGACCUGAGGCUGUGGAAGAGGCUUCUGAAGUUGAGUGAUGGCACUGGGGUUGUGGGUGUGUAGUUUGAAUGGUAUUGUGUGAUCUCAUAGGGUGAAAAACUUAGAAUUUAAGGUUUUAGUAUAUAGUAAUAUAUAUGGGGCAAUAUGGAGGAUUUAAGGCAUUGUCUAUGUCCUUCUUCUUCACCUUUUUCACCUUCUUCUUGGUUUCAGGUGGUUUUUUAUAACUGGGUGAAAAAGGUCUGCAUUGUAGACUUUGGGUGGUCAGUUAUUGGAUUAAAAGUAAAAAUAAUAUAGGUGUCAUCUCGUUAUUGGGCAAUUAGUGCUUAAAAGACCUUGGAAGGAGCUAGAGACGGCUCCAUUUUCUACCUUGUUAGUUAGAGCGCACGACUCGUGAGGCUGUACUACAGAUAAGAAUUAAACACUGAGUCCGCACAUAAAACUGCUACUCCCGUGUAUUAAUCCCGGCUCUAGCACAAAGAAAAGAAGAUAACAACCUGUCCUGGUUUGGAGACAAAUUUGGGGGAAAACCCCUGUAUAGGAUCCCUCUGGGAAGCAAACCCAAGUGGCCCCUCCCUCCAACCAGUCCGAAAAAAAAAACCUCUUUGGAGAAAAGUGGAAAAAGCUAUUUUACUAAACAAAUAAAGUGCAUACAAGUAUAAAGAAUGAAUAAUAUGAAACAAUAAAACCUCUCCUUCUGAAGUGAGAUGGCAAAUUGACAAAGUCCUUGCCGUGGGUGUAGCUCGGCUCUCUCUCUCAGUCUCUCAUCAGUCCCAGUCCCUCUGGCGCUGCUGGAAAAUGCCGAGGUCCAGGCCCCAGUGGGCUGCAGGUGCAGCCCCCAGUGCUCCCCUGGGUUUUCAGUCCAGAGCAGGUUUAAACAGUUCCAAGAAAAAGGAAAAAAACCAGUCCAGGGAACUUCUCUGCCCUAGCUAGCUGAAACUAACU